AUGGUACUGAUUAAAUCUAUAUUAAUUUAUACUACAUGUUUUUCAUUGUUAAUGUCACUUUUUGUGUUCUACAUACUCGGAGUUGCCCGUUAUGUUACUGAUUUUGAAGAAAAUACUUGUGACAUGACGUAUAUGUUUGAAUAUCCACAGUAUGUGAGAAUAUCCUUGGGUAAUGAAAUAGAAGAACAAUAUCCUCGAUAUGGAUUAUAUGCAUACGGAGAAGGUUUUGUCACAGAAAAACUGAGAAGAAUGUAUUUUUCGGGAAUACCAGUUCUUUUUAUACCAGGCAAUGCUGGAUCUCAUGAGCAAGUAAGAUCUCUUGCUUCUGUGAGUUUGAGGAAGAGCUUAAAAGGCAGAACACAGUUUCAUUUCGAUUAUUUCACAGUUUCAUUGGGCAAGGAUUAUUCUGCCUUAUAUGGAGGUGUAUUAAUGGAGGAAACUGUUUAUGUUUCACAUUGCAUACAAAAGAUUUUAAAUUUAUACAAGACCAAUAUGCAGAAUGUCGUGCUUAUUGGACAUUCAAUGGGAGGCAUUAUUGCUAAAGGUUCCAUCUUAUUAACUUCUAACAUAAAUGCUAGUGUGGCCAAUAUUAUUAUUACUUUGGCUACUCCUCAUGCACCUACGCUAGUAUUAGAUAGCACAUUAGCCAAUUAUUAUUAUAAUUUGGAAAACCAUUUAAGCAAAAUUAAAGAUGCUGGCACAAAUGUUAUAUCGAUAGGUGGUGGACCACGAGACAUACUUGUGACUUCACUGCAACUUUUAGAUUCUACUGCAGAUAUUAAUGUCCUUUCUACCAAUAUACCAGAUGUGUGGAAAUCUACAGACCAUCUAAGCAUUCUUUGGUGCAAACAAUUAGUACUCUCUAUCGUGCGUUCAUUAUUCGACUCUGUUAGCGUUUCUCAAAGACCCCCUCGAAUUUCUUCCAAAAGUGAAGACAGGAUGCAGGCUUUGUCAUACCAUUUUUAUCAUCGUGUUUCUGGAAAGAAAUUACAUUAUUACAAAGAAACAAUACAAUUUGAAUUUGGUGGCGAGUGGAUAGAAGAUAUACGAAGACAAUAUACAUGGAGCAACAAAAAUUUAUCUAAAAGAACAUCCCCUAUUUAUCUUAUGAUUAGACUAAAUGGACAACCAAGUCAGUUAACAAUCGAUACCAUAAACCUUGAAUCUAAAGAUUGGUUAUUCAUAUGUACAGCAUCCAGCAUACAAAACCAAUCAAGAAUUUGUAACUGGGGUUGGAACUUGACAAAUAGAACAAGACUUUUACCAGACCCUCUACAUCGUCUAAGAAAGGUUGUUGACUUAAAUCUUCAAGAAAUAAAAUACCCUGAUGCAACACACAUUGUAGUAAGAAUUACUCCAGAUGACUUAGAAAAAUAUGUUUCGGUGAAUGUUGAUCUAUAUUCUUAUGAUGCAAGACUUGUACCUGUUAAGAGCAGUGUACCUUUAUUGAACAGUUUACUUAUAAGACCUCAGGUUAAAAAGUCUGAUAUAGGACACAUAAGAUAUUAUGCUGUGCUUGAUGACAGUAUAGAUGUUAUAACAGUUGAACUUAAACCAUCUGAAUGCACAAAUCCUAAACAUAAUGCAAUUGUUGAAUUAUCUGAGCCUUGGAGUAUUGGUGUCACGCAAAUUCAAUUUUUCACAGAUGUAGACACUGGACUGAAAACCAUGAAAAUUCAAACAAAAUCUAAACAUUCUAAUGUUUCUGCAAAGUUAAGACUAACUUUAUAUCCAGCAUGUUCCUACACAAUUAAUGUACAGGAAGGUGGUAUUAUAGAUAAAAUUUCUUGUAUUGUAAGGGAUCGUUGGUAUCUUUUAUAUACAACAAUUAUUAGUCUACUUUUAAUAUUUCUGUCAAUAAGAAUCAAUCAUGGUUGUGAACAACUUCCAACAAUAGUAAUUACAAUAUUUCUUUCAUAUUAUUAUGGUUUAGUCUUUGAAUGUUUAAUUGCACUGGCAAUUCUUUGUAUAUUCACUAUUGGACUCUGUUGUUCUAUUAUAUUUUUGGGUUCAGUGGCACAUGGUAUUGCUGUCAGGUUUCUAGCACGCGCAAUAGCAUUUUCAACAACAUGGUCAGAUUGGCUACUUGGUGGAUUGAAUCAGUUGCCAUUUAUUACAGCGAUGUUUGUCUUAUCUAUAAUUCCUAUGACUUGUGGAGCUUUAGCUAUGUUAAUUUCGGUUUUUCUGCGUUUCUUAAAUUUAACGAGAAUGUAUGAAGAUUAUUUGGAAGAACUUUUAAUUACUUCGCUGCAACAUUUCAAUUGGAUGGGACGAUUGAGGCAUACAAAAGACAAUCCUAAAGAACACGAAGACACUAGACAAAAAAUAUUUAAUCAUCUUCUUCUUUUCUUGCUUUGGUGUUUUACUGCUCUUCCAGCUAUACCAUCAGUUUUAGUGUGGGCAAAAAAUUUCAGUUAUAACAUUAGAUUGUCUACUGAAGAUUCUUUGCUAUACCAAAGCUGGAUAGUCUUAGUAGCAUGCAGUACAUUAGGCUGGUUACAAAUUCCUCCUAACUACCUUGGAAUUCGAUCACGAGCAUUAGCUAGUGUAUUAUAUUUCUUAGGAUGGAUUACACUUUUAAUGGGAGCAGCAACCCGUCCACAAUUUUAUCAAUAUUAUAUACCGCCUAUAGUCGCUGGAGCUACUAGUCUUAUUACAUUAAAUUUCAUUAUUCCUUAAAUGACAGU